GCGUGCGCGACGCCCUCUCUGCUUGUUAUUCUCUUGAACAAGAUGGCUGUCGUUCUCGAGAACGGUGUUCUGACAUUCAGCGUCUAUAAAUGGAGCUCUUACUCCUCUACAUAUUUACCCGAGAAUAUCUUGGUCGACAAACCUAACGAUCAAUCUUCCAGGUGGUCCUCGGAGAGCAACUACCCUCCUCAGUUUUUAGUCUUAAAAAUGGAAAGGCCGGCAGUUGUUCAGAGCAUCACCUUUGGGAAGUAUGAAAAGACUCAUGUCUGCAACCUGAAGAAGUUUAAAGUGUUUGGUGGAAUGAGUGAAGAGAACAUGACUGAACUUUUGUCUAGUGGCCUGAAGAAUGACUACAACAAGGAAACAUUCACCUUAAAGCACAAGAUUGAUGAGCAGAUGUUUCCCUGCAGAUUUGUUAAAAUAGUGCCUCUGAUGUCCUGGGGUCCUAGUUUUAAUUUCAGCAUCUGGUAUAUUGAGCUGCAUGGUAUUGAAGAUCCUGAUGUGGUGCAACCUUGCCUUAACUGGUAUAGCAAGUACAGAGAGCAGGAAGCCAUCCGCCUUUGCCUCAAGCACUUCCGGCAGCAUAACUACACAGAGGCCUUUGAGUCGCUGCAGAAAAAGACUCGAAUAGCACUAGAGCACCCCAUGCUCACCCACCUGCAUGAUCGACUAGUGCUACAAGGAGACUUUGAUGCCUGUGAGGAGCUCAUAGACAAAGCUGUGAGAGAUGGUUUGUUUAACCACUAUAUCAGCCAGCAGGAGUACAAACCCAGAUGGAGUCAGAUUAUCCCAAAAUGUAACAAAGGUACAGGCAUCCCAGAAAUCAACCGAGAUGACAUAAACGGUGAUGGUGAUGACAACAGGCCAGGAAUGAGGGGGGGCCAUCAAAUGGUCAUUGACGUCCAGACUGAGACUGUCUAUCUGUUUGGGGGCUGGGAUGGCACUCAAGACCUGGCUGACUUUUGGGCUUACAGUGUUCAGGAUAAUCAGUGGGCCUGUAUCUCCAGAGACACAGAGAAAGAGAAAGGUCCAAGUGCUCGUUCCUGUCACAAGAUGUGCAUCGACUCCCAUCGGCAUCAAAUCUACACACUGGGUCGAUAUCUGGACUCCAGUGUCAGGAACAGCAAGUCUCUGAAGAGUGACUUCUUCUGCUAUGACAUUGAUGCAAACACCUGGACACUACUAAGUGAGGACACAUCUGCAGAUGGAGGGCCAAAGUUGGUGUUCGACCAUCAGAUGUGCAUGGAUUCAGAGAAGCACAUGAUCUACACUUUUGGCGGUCGGAUCCUGACAUGUAAUGGAAGCGUGGAAGAUGCUCGGACAUCAGAGCCUCAGUUCAGUGGCCUGUACGCCUACCAUUGCCAGGAUAGAACAUGGAGCCUCUUGCGUGAAGACUCAUGCAACGCCGGGCCAGAAGACAUCCAAUCUCGCAUUGGACACUGCAUGCUCUUCCACACUAGGAAUCGCUGUCUUUAUGUUUUUGGUGGUCAGAGGUCAAAAACAUAUCUCAAUGAUUUCUUCAGCUAUGAUGUUGAUGGAGACCAUGUAGAGAUCAUAUCUGAUGGGACAAAGAAGGACUCUGGCAUGGUGCCGAUGACCGGCUUUACCCAGAGAGCCACCAUAGACCCCGAGCUCAAUGAAAUCCAUGUGCUGUCAGGCCUCAGCAAAGACAAGGACAAACGUGAGGAGAAUGUCCGUAACUCCUUCUGGAUCUAUGACAUUGCCCGCAACAAUUGGUCAUGUGUGUAUAAGAAUGAUCAGGCUGCGAAAGAUAAUCCGAGUAAAGCUCUCCAGGAGGAGGAGCCAUGCCCACGCUUUGCACACCAGCUGGUGUAUGAUGAAAUGCACAAGGUUCAUUACCUCUUUGGUGGAAACCCUGGAAAGUCUUGUUCUCCCAAGAUGCGUUUGGAUGACUUUUGGUCUCUCAAAUUGUGCAGGCCUUCUAAGGAGUAUCUUCUUCGUCACUGCAGAUACCUCAUCAGGAAAUACAGAUUUGAGGAAAAAGCUCAGUCAGAGCCAAUAACUGCACUAAAGUACCUUCAGAAUGAUCUGUCUCUCACUGUGGACCACACAGACCCCGGUGAGACCCAAGAGUUUCAGCUCCUGCCCUCUGCUCUCUUCAAGUCUGGCUCUGAUUUCAUCCCACUGGGUUUUUCAGAUGUGGACCAGACGUAUGCUCAGCGGACACAGCUCUUUGACACACUUGUCAACUUCUUCCCAGAUAGUAUGACUCCGCCCAAGGGCAACCUCGUAGACCUCAUCACCCUUUAGCCCCUCCCCUCUCUGAUACAUCCCUCCACCACCCAUCUCUCCACCCACUGGACUGACUUAUACAGCCCAAGCAACUGAUGGAUGAACCAAACUAGUUAUCUUUCUAUUCCAGAAAUUUCUUUGUGGAAGUUCACUUGGUGUGGAUUAGCUCUGCUUCAUCACUGUGACAUGCUGAUGUCACAAUCUGUGUAAAUAUUGGUGAACGUCAUAAACACAUUAACAUUACUUUCAUUUCACAAAGACUUCAUCAGCUGCGGUGUGUCUGUGUUUCAGUCCAAAACAGAAGAUUUCCAUUAUUUUCUUUUCAGUCUUUUUUUUUCUAUGAAAAUGCUAAUAUUUUUACUCACACAAAUAUCUUCCACGUCCACUUUCGGCAUCCACAUGUUUGAGGGAAAGAAAAGUAUGAUGGGAUAUUCAGGCACAUUAUAGUGAAAGCAAAAAGUGGUCUUUUUUAGUUUAAUUAAAAUUAAAAUUACCGCUAUGUUUCAGCUAUCUGCUACUCUCCCAAAUUAUUGAAUCUUAUAUGCAAAAUCUUAGGACACAUCGAUUAAUUACAGCUUAUGUUUUGAUGGUUUGGUUGUCAUUUACGUAAGAUUUCUGUUCUCACUUACUUAUGUACUUAACUUAAUUCAAUGGGUUUAGAUACUAUACAGAUAAAUGAAUUAUUCAUAAAUGUAGCUUUGAAGAUUCCUAAAUUGAGCACAUAGUUUAUGCUCCUUGUCCUCCUUCAGAACGCCAAGAUUCACUCAGAGAAACCUUCUCGCUCUACUUGUAAUACUCACUAGGAUUUGACAGUAUCCAGAUUUUGAUCAGGUGAAACACAUUUUGCCACAGUAUUACAGUAAUAAAAACUGAUGUGAAAGGGCUUAAAGGGAGUGCCAAAGACAGUAAUAGCACACCAGGUCGUGGCCAUUGGUCAAUUUUGGGGAUAGUUCACCCUCUCUACUCCUAAUUGCUUCUCAAUGUGCUGAGAGUAGCAAGUUUUUUUAUUUUGUUUUUGCAAGAGUUGCCCAGAAUCAUCGCUUCUUUUGUGGCUUUUAUAUUUUUCUCUUUCACUGCAGUGGUAGCAUAAUAACAUCAGGUCAAUAAACUUGAAUCAACAGAUACGGAAAAAAUACUACAGAAACUGAAAAGUCAACCUCACAGACAGAUGUGGUGGACAGGAAUUAAAUAAGGUUUACUUAUAUAUAUCUUAUAAGAACCCUAAUUAACGCACAUUGCAAAGCUGUUUUUUUUCUGACGUCAUAAUUAAAUUGUUUGAAUGUU